AUGCCGAUAAAAGGGAGAAGUUUUCCUUCUACUGCCGUGCGAACCUAUUCUGAUGCAAUCCCGGCAACAUCGCUGCAACAGCCCGUUGCUGCGGUGGAUGCGUCGCACUGGCAGAUAAUUCAGCCAGGAACUGUGAUGCAAAUGCAAAGUCCCAACGGUCAACAGCAAUACGUGGUGAGCAGUGGAGCACACGGCACUCCACUGCGUGCCCAACAAGUGGUUAUGCAGACCAGCUCGCCGCGGGUUCCAGUAGUUUACCAGGUUACACCAUCGAGUCAUCAGUCAUCAUUGGUUAGACAAGCUACUCCGGAUAAGACCAAGACUGGCACGCAAUUGCUGAUCGUCAAUCAUAGUAGUCCUGCAAGGAUUACUAACGUUGUUUCUGCACCUCAGCUUCCUCAUGGUACUCUAAAGCGGCCGGUACGUAGCAGUCGCCGGAAGGAAGUUGAAACGAUAGCACUCGAUGAUGACGACGAGACUUGUGGAACCAAAGCUUCUUCAUCGUCGAGUAGCAAUGAACACGGCGAAAAUGGGAAUGGUAACAGUGGAAAAGGGGAGCCAUCUGAGAAAAAAGCUCGUAUGGAUGAAAAUAUCCGAGACGAAGUCCUUCUGGUGUUUCCACCCGGUGAAAGCGGAGCGGUUUCAUUACAUUUUGAAGACUUGCGGGUACUAGCAUACGGCGAGAUGCUUAAUGAUAACAUAAUAGAAUUUUAUUUGAAGUAUAUUCGUGCGAAGCUUGUACAAGAGAAUGAGUGAGU